ACCAGGUUUACACGUGUUUAACUUUUAAUAAAACAACAACAACAACAAGGGAACAGUUAAAAUUGUUUGUUAUUUAUUGGUGCUUUUUAUAUGAACCAAGAAUUCUUAGGCAAUCACAAACAAUUAAUAUUUUAUUUUCCAUGGGGCCAUUGUUGGAAUUUGUUAUCAUUGAUUUAUGUUUUUGUAAAAACCUUAUUAGAGUUGCUGUUCAUAAACUUGAGUUAAUACUUGCUUAUUGGUAACAGUUCAUUUUUUUUACUACCUCUACAUGUUAGCCCUACCUACCAACCAUUAUGAUUUGUACUCAUUUGAGCAAUCUCGCCAUCGAUUAGCUUGUUGAGAAAUCACUCUCAUGUUUUUUUAUCAUCGAGUCUCAUUUCAGUUGCUACAAUCUACGUAUUCUCACCAUUCGUCAUCGCUACAUUGCUAGCUAUCGAAGAUGCAUUCGAGGAUUUUGGAGCUCGAUGCUCCAUAAGUUGCUUCGAGAUGGUGGGUGUCGUUGUGAAUUUUUGUUUUCCUCCUCUUGGUACGACUACCUUCUACCUAAAUAUUGACGGAGUGCACAAAUUGAUGACGUGUUCAGCUUGGUAGGCUCCAAAGUCCAAAAUGAACUACCUAGGGAGACUUCACAUUUUUUUAUCUUUCCUGGACACGAUAAUUUUUGUAAUCGUGCGGGUUAUUACAGUCAUGGAUACACACACACAAUGGUUUUGGAAGUUUUCCUCUACUUGCAUUGGCGUCCUAGGUUCAAAGCUACUCUGAUAUUGGGCGAUGUUUAAUUUUAUAUUAGUCGUAUGAACUUAAUUGAUCGAUUUUACGGUUUAUUUGUAUCUAUUUCAAUUAACCAAAAGCCAAAACCAAACUAAACAAACGUUUGUAUAAUUACCAUUGAAGGUCCCUAAAAUAAUCAAUCUCUCACUUUUUCUUACCUUCAUUUCAGACAUUUUUACUUUCACUAUCCCAACAUACAUCAAGCUGAAAUUUCAAUUAACCCAAACCCUAACCCAAAAUCGAAUCUCGGUUUCACAAAUUGAUCGAUUAAUCCAAACUCUGAUUUCGGAUACCAAAACCCAAUCUGACCUCCUACCUAAACAAAUUGAUUACUAUUCUUCUCGGUCGCGAAAGAGACAACGAACUUGGAGGGGGAAGCACUGAAGCAGUAAUGCUCUCAUCGACAACAUUUGUAUUCUAUUUCUUGACACAACACAAGCUGUAGUUAUCAUCGGAGUCUAGCCCGACUACGGACUUCGCCGUAGUGAGAGAGACGCACAAAAACCCAUGAGCGAAUCUUUGGUGAUCGACGGCAGCGACUCGAGGUUUCAUUCUCACCACGAGCAGCCAGCGCUCACGAACGAGACUGAUGGCGUAAUCGAUGGGACCCAGAUGGCAAAUGAGUCCGAUCGCAACCAACAGGCGGCGGUGGCGGUAGCCAAGUCCGGUGAGCUAUCAGGAGAUCGCCCGCAUCAGAUGUCAUUCGAUAAAGCUGGUGGCUUUGUGAAAGAUAUGAACAAUUUGGUCGAGAUGUUGUCCAAAUUGAAUCCCAUGGCUCAAGAGUUCGUACCUCCUUCCCUCGCCGGCAACAACCAUGGGGUUGAUCGGAUCGGAUAUACUCGCAAUUUUGGGAUGUUUGGUAAUUUCUUUGAUGGCAAUGGGGAUUCUGAGAAAAGGGGUAAGCCUAAUUUUAACCAAGGAAGGAGAAGAACCAACGGUAGGAGGAAUAUGGCUCAGCGGGAAGAUGUAAUUAAGAGGACUGUUUAUGUGGCUGACAUUGACCAACAGGUUACCGAAGAGCAGCUUGCGGGUCUGUUUAUUCAUUGCGGACAGGUUGUUGAUUGUCGUAUAUGUGGUGAUCCUAAUUCUGUUCUUCGAUUUGCGUUCGUCGAAUUUACUGAUGAAGAAGGUGCAAUUGCUGCUUUGAGUUUGUCUGGGACUGUGCUUGGGUAUUACCCGUUAAAAGUGCUGCCUUCCAAAACUGCUAUUGCACCUGUUAACCCAACAUUUUUGCCCAGGUCUGAAGAUGAACGUGAGAUGUGUGCCAGGACUGUGUACUGUACAAAUAUAGACAAGAAGGUUAACCUAGGAGAUGUGAGACUAUUCUUUGAGUCCUCUUGUGGAGAGGUUCGGCGCUUGAGGCUUCUGGGAGACUAUCGUCAUUCAACCCGUAUUGCUUUUGUGGAAUUUGCUGUGGCUGAGAGUGCAAUCGCUGCGCUCAACUGCAGCGGUGCAAUCCUGGGAUCCUUGCCCAUAAGGGUUAGCCCAUCGAAGACACCAGUUCGUGCUCGCAUGACCCGAGCACCGUUCGCCUGAGAGAAUCAUCCUCCGGUAUGCAAAGCUCAAAUGCUUGUGCAAAGCGCGGCCAACUUGUUGCUAGAAGUAUUUAUAUUUCAUAGUAUGUAGAAGCUGAAACUGGUCUGGGUAGUUGCUUUCUCAAUCAUCCUUCAUUUUAUCAGCUGCAUUGCUAGCUGCUAUCUUUUGACACCACGAGAGGUGGGAGGGAAUGGAUUGUUUAUGCGUGUCGGGAUGCUUUGGUCAUUGAGUUGAAUGGGAUUUUGAGGAUGUGAAUAACUUUGGUUUAAUGGAGAUUGUGGGGAUAACUUACAGCAAGCGGUCCAACCUCCGGCAUAGACAAGUGCCACCCUCUGCUGAUUGAAAUACUAUUCCUUCAUUUUACAGUCAUGCAAACUGGGUUUUCCCAGACCACUCUGGUAAACAUGAAGGAACCCGAUCAUUCCUACGAUACGGUGGAAAUUCAUGAAAGCUCGUAUCAGAAGAACCGUGCAAAAGCAGCUCACAAAGGUGAUGGCCAUAAGUAGUAGCAAUACUAAUUGCAGACUGUUAGCUCGCCAUUCGCAACAGAAUAACCAUUACUAUAACGAGAUUAAUCGACGACCUUUCGAAUCAGGGUGAUAAUCACUAAAGAAUCAUACAUGAACCUGUAGGGUGCAGUUGCAUCUGACAAGCAAGUAACAUAGUAGGUGUGGGUGUGGUGAUGUGCAAGAAAUUUGACGUAUAGCCGCAAUAGAUUCUACUCUGUCAA